AUGCAGGAAACAUUAGUUGCUGAUGAUGCUGUGGAUGCACUAGACCAGAUGAUACGUGAUGCGGAACCGGACUUUCUUGACAAAAAGAAUCUGAAGAAGUUGGAGCAGAUGAGGAUAGAUGCAAGAACACCACUUUACCCAAGUUGCAGCGUGUCUAAACUUGAAGCAAACCUGAUGCUAUUGGAGAUGAAGUCUAGUAAUGGUUUGUCAGACAAGGGAUUUGAUGAUUUGUUAAGCUUAUUGCAGAAGUUGCUGCCAAGCCCUAACGGGUUGCCUGAAAACACAUACCAAGCGAAGCAAAUGAUUUGCCCAAUGGGACUGGAGGUACAAAAGAUCCAUGCAUGCCCUAAGGAUUGCAUCUUGUAUCACGGCAAAUAUGAAGACUUGGAUGCAUGUCCAGUGUGCUCAGCUUCACGGUACAAAUGUCCUGAAUCAGCAUUGUCAAUGAAAGGUGACCGCAACAAACGACCACCUGCCAAGGUCGUCUGGUAUUUUCCUAUCAUUCCUCGUUUGAAACGGUUGUUUGCAAACGCGAAGACUGCCAAGCUAAUGAGGUGGCAUGCCGAAGAUCGACUCGUUGAUGGGAAUCUCAGACACCCUGCAGAUGGUUCACAGUGGAGAGCUAUCAACUACAAAUACAAGAAUCGGUUUGCAAAGGAAAUAAGAAACAUAAGAUUCGGUUUGAGUACGGAUGGGAUGUGUCCUUUUAACAUGGUGAGCAGCAAACACAGUACGUGGCCUGUAACUCUUUGCAUAUACAACCUUCCUCCUUGGUUGUGUAUGAAGCGGACCUACAUCAUGAUGCCAUUACUAAUCCAAGGGCCAAAACAACCUAGAAAUGAUAUCGAUGUGUAUUUGGAACCACUGGUGGAUGAUCUAAUGAAGUUGUGGAACGAUGGUGUCAAGGUGUGGGAUGAGUACAAGCGAGAACACUUCACUCUGAAGGCAAUGUUGUUUGUAACAAUCACAGACCUUCCCGGCCUUGGUAGCUUAGCAGGCCAAGUAACGAAGGGUUACAAGGGAUGUGUGGUUUGUUUGGAUGAUACCGACGCAAGAUGGUUGAAGAAUAGCAACAAAAUGGUUUACAUGGGUCAUCGUAGGUUCCUUCCAAAGGCUCACCCAUAUCGCCGGAACAAGAAAUCCUUUGAUGGUACAAGGGAUGAACGUUUACCUCCCAAGUUUCUAGAUGGGAAGGAGAUAUACAAGAAGGUUAGUAAACUAAGAGUUGUACUAGGAAAGGGCAAAGGAAGUGUACCCGCUCCAGCUGAUUCGUUGUGGAAAAAAAAUUCCUUGUUCUGGAGACUCCCUUAUUGGCAAGACUUGAUUGUUCGUCACGCACUUGAUGGCAUGCAUCUAACUAAAAAUGUUACCGAGAGCACGCUCGGAACAUUAAUGGCCAUGAAAGGUAAAGGAAAAGACUCACUUGAAACUCGACAGGACCUGCGAGAUAUGAAUGUCAGAAGUGAGCUGCAUCCAAUUACUCAACAUGAUGGGAAGACGAAGCUUCCGGUUGCAUCUUGGACCUUGGAUAAAAUUGAGAAAAAGAAAAUUUGUAGCUUCUUCCACGAACUCAAAGUGCCAACGGGCUACUCAUCAAACAUCAGAAGGCUUGCGAACAUGAAGGAGUUAAAGUUCAACAUGAGCUGCAUGAAGGCCCAUGACUGCCACGUCAUUAUGACACAGUUGCUCCCAGUUGCUCUGAGGGGCGUGCUUCCCGUGAAGGUCAGAGAUCCGAUCAUAAAGUUGUGCUCAUUCUUCAACGCAAUCUCACACAAGGUCAUAGACCCAAACACACUUGACAAGCUGCAAGCAGACCUGAUUCACACAAUUAAUCGGCUCGAGAUGCAUUUUCCACCAACUUUCUUUGAUAUAUCGGUGCAUCUUAUCACUCACCUUGUUGCCCAGAUAAAAGCUCUUGGUCCAAUCUUCUUGCAUCAGAUGUUUCCUUUCGAGAGGUUGAUGAGUGUUCUAAGAAAAUAUGUUCGGAAUAGAUAUCGUCCAGAAGGGUGCAUGGUUAAUGGAUGGUCUACAGAGGAGGCAGUUGAGUUCUGCACAUACUACCUGGAUCUUAAUAGAAUGGGAGUUCCAGUAUCUCGUCAUGAGGGAAGGCUGGGGGGCAGAGGUAUGAUUGGUGAGCAAUCAGUUCGUAUCGAUGACCUGGCUAGUUUUAAUCAGGCACAUUUCACCGUUCUGCAGCAGGCAUCUGUAGUCUCACCUUAUAUUGAAAUGCACAAGAGAGAACUACAAGGUGUCGAUACCGGCAAUGCUCAACUAGAUCUUUUGGCCAUCGGUCCAUCUAGUACGGUCCUAAAGUUCCAAGGAUAUGAGAUAAAUGCAUACACAUUUUACACUAGAAAACAAGAUGAGAAAAGCACCAACCAAAAUAGUGGUGUCCGUAUCGAUGCUUACAACGACAAUCGUCAAUUGGAGACAUAUUAUGGGUUCAUAGAAGAGAUAUGGGAGCUAGAGUACGGACCACUAAAAAUCCCUCUUUUUCGGUGCCAGUGGAUCAAGCUUCCUAAGGGUGUGUUCACGGACAAGUACGGCAUGACGGUCGUUGACCUCACCAACAUAGGGUAUAGGGAUGAACCAUUCAUAUGGGCUAAAGAUGUAGUCCAAGUCUUCUAUGCAAAGGACCUAGCGAAUGAGGGCAAACAUGUGGUGCUGCAAGGGAAAAGGAAGAUCGUCAGUGUUGAAAAUAUGACCGAGGAUGAAGAGAAGGGAUUUCAGGACAUGCCUCCACUUGGACCCGAUAUCGACCUACCUGUGUUUGAAGAGGGAGAAGAACCAGCUUAUGUGCGACUUGAUCAUAACGAGGCCCUCAUCGUCAAUUGA